CUAUGAUGGUGAGGGGCGUGGCUCUAUGAUGAUGAGGGUCGUGGCUCUCAUUCGGGGAAAGCGAAAGUGAAAGGAGGUUGAAUUCUGCCAUUUGCUUUAAUGCGGCAAUUUUUCUGAGAAGCAGCAAAGUCUGGACCUGCAAGGAAUAUAUAAAGAUGAGUAUUUUCAGCUAUAAAUUGGGGAAUGCCCUUCAAUGGAUUUCGGACAAGACAAAGCAAAAAACUGAAACAUUGAAUUGUUUCUGUAUACGAACUGGAAAAACACUAAAUUCUGAUGCUGCCUUGAUCGAACUUCUUAAAAAGAAAAUUCCAGCAGAUCUGCAGGAGGUGGACACUGUAGAGGAGUGUGAUUUCAUCCUGGUGUUCUGCCCUGUUAUUAGAGGACUUGAAAUUGACUUUAAUGCAGCACUGAAGAAUCUUAAUCAAUAUCCAGACACCAAACAUGCUGUUCUGGUGAUGCUCCAUCACACCUUUGAUCCAGAGUUUACUGUACCAGGCAGCGUCAGAGUUGGGAACAGAGAGAAUACGAUUGUGGUUCACUGUCUGUUUUAUGAAGAUGAAGGAUUAUUGAAAUGUGGAAGGAAUAAGGAAUCAUUAGACACAAUUAUAAAUUACAUUAAACCUCAGAUAUUUUGGAAAAACAAGUCCUCAGAGGGAACAGAUGCUGAUCAAUCAUCUAGUCUGUGGAAACACAAUUCAGCAUCUGCCAGUGAAAAUGUCCACAGUGCUUCUUCAUCAUCAAGUCAUCAUCAAAACUAUGACACUCAUGGGCAGAAUGGUGAUUAUCAAAAAACUGAAACAUUGAAGUGUUUCACUAUACGACCUGGAAAAACACUCAAUUCUGAUGCUGCCUUGAUCGAACUUCUUAAAAAGAAAAUUCCAGCAGAUCUGCAGGAGGUGGAAACUGUAGAGGAGUGUGAUUUCAUCCUGGUGUUCUGCCAUGUUAUUAGAGGACUUGAAAUUGACUUUAAUGCAGCACUGAAGAAUCUUAAUCAAUAUCCAGACACCAAACAUGCUGUUCUGGUGAUGCUCCAUCACACCUUUGAUCCAGAGUUUACUGUACCAGGCAGCGUCAGAGUUGGGAACAGAGAGAAUACGAUUGUGGUUCACUGUCUGUUUUAUGAAGAUGAAGGAUUAUUGAAAUGUGGAAGGAAUAAGGAAUCAUUAGACACAAUUAUAAAUUACAUUAAACCUCAGAUUUUUCAGAAAAACAAGUCCUCAGAGGGAACAGAUGCUGAUCAAUCGUCUAGUCUGUGGAAACACAGUGAGUCGUCUGCUCACCUCCACUACAUUUACCUGUGUGAUGAUGAUGAACAGUUUAUUAACAGCACCUAUUCAGCAUCUGCCAGUGAAAAUGUCCACAGUGCUUCUUCAUCAUCACGUCAUCAUCAAAACAGUGCUUCUUCAUCAUCACGUCAUCAUCAAAACUAUGACACUCAUGGGCAGAAUGAAACUGAAACAUUGAAGUGUUUCACUAUACGAACUGGAAAAACACUCAAUUCUGAUGCUGCCUUGAUUGAACUUCUUAAAAAGAAAAUUCCAGCAGAUCUGCAGGAGGUGGACACUGUAGAGGAGUGUGAUUUCAUCCUGGUGUUCUGCCCUGUUAUUAGAGGACUUGAAAUUGACUUUAAUGCAGCACUGAAGAAUCUUAAUCAAUAUCCAGACACCAAACGUGCUGUUCUGGUGAUGCUCCAUCACACCUUUGAUCCAGAGUUUGCAAUAACAGGCAGCGUCAGAGCUGUGAACAGAGAGAAUACGAUUGUGGUUCACUGUCUGUUUUAUGAAGAUGAAGGAUUAUUGAAAUGUGGAAGGAAUAAGGAAUCAUUAGACACAAUUAUAAAUUACAUUAAACCUCAGAUUUUUCAGAAAAACAAGUCCUCAGAGGGAACAGAUGCUGAUCAAUCGUCUAGUCUGUGGAAACACAAUUCAGCAUCUGCCAGUGAAAAUGUCAACAGUGCUUCUUCAUCAUCACGUCAACAUCAAAACAGUGCUUCUUCAUCAUCACGUCAUCAUCAAAAAUAUGACACUCAUGGGCAGAAUGUUUCUCCCAAAGGGAAAGACCAGAAAAAAAAGCAAAAGAAAUCGCAUGCUGAAAAAACACUGAAGUAUUUUAUUUUAGAAGCUGGAAAAACACUCAAUGCUCAAGAGAUGUUCAUGUCCAAGCUUAAACUUCAAAUUCCACUGCAAGAGGUGUGUACAGCACACGAGUGUGAUAUGAUCCUGGCUUUCUGCCCGGUUGUGUCACGAGCUGGAACCGACAUUGAAGCAGCACAAAAGAAAAUUAACGAUAAAUCAGCCGACAAACCUGCAUUUCUCAUCGUGCUCCAUUACACGUUUGAUUCAGAGGGUCCUGUACCAGAAAGCAGCAGGAUUGUAAACAGAAAGAACACGAUUACAUUCGACUGCCUGUUUUAUGAAAAUCAUGGAUUUCUUCAGUGUCAUAAAAAUCAUUCAUCAUUUUCCAGAAUUAUACAAGCCAUACAAUCUCAGUUUAACGUAAAACUGAUGACAGAGGAAAAUAUGGAAAUUGAUGGACCUGCUCAUGUAGAGUCUCAUACAGCAAAGAAAAUACACAAGUUUUUUGCUUAUCAACAGCAAAACAUAACUCAAGAAACUUUCAUCGCUAAGCUUGAAAAAUCAGGAUACCUGAAGGAGGUGGAAACAGAGAAUGAGUGUAACGUCAUUGUAACUUUUAUGUCACGUGAAGGAACUGAUAUUAAAAGAGCAAGGACAGACCCAGAAACUGUUUCAGAUGGUCCAUCACAGAGCCCUGACAAACAGGAAAAUGUGGAAAACAAUGCAGAAGCUCACAAAAAUGAUCAGACGUUAAUGGAAAUAAAAAAUCAUGACGAGGAGAAACAACUUGAGAAGGCUGAGCUCGAGAAACAAAAAGCUGAGUUAGCAGAAAAAAGCAAACAGCUAGAAGAGAAAGAGAGCUGUCUGAAUAAAGAGAGAGUGAGCUAUUGUAUUGGCACAGCCAGAUUGAAGAGUACAAAAGUCAGAGAGAUGAAACUCUGGGAAAGCUCAAAGCUGAGUUGGAUAAUACACAAAACAAUUAAAAGAGAAAAAAAAGGAACUGGACUCUGUGAGCAAAAUGCUGGGGGAGAAAACAGAAGGGGUUGAAAUAGGUACAAAUAAACUGUAUUUAAUCUAGAAAAAGAUUAGAGAAACAAACUAAAUACAACAGUCUUUUAAAUGUUUUAUUAGAGCAGAUUAAAGCUCAAAUCUUUAAAGAAUAUACAGGAAAUGCGAUAUAGCUUCAGAACUGUAGUUAGAUUAAAAAGAAAUAAAAGUAUAAACGGUAGAAACGUUGCUGUUUGUUGGCUUGAACUUUUGUCGUACCUGCUGCCUGACUUCCCUGCUGUUCUUUUUUACUUGCUUGUUGAAUGUGUAAGAAAAAUUACAACUAGUAUAACCAUUAUAACAUUCUGUCAGUCACAUAGAUCUAGUGUAGAGCACAUUUCUGAUCUAAAUAGAGAAAAGUGCAGGUGUGUGUGUGUGCGACUCAGAAGUGUGAAACUUGUGUGUGACAACUGACAGUUUAUUUAGGUUCUGAUAUGAAUAUUAUAUAAUGUAAUAUAAUAUAAUAUAAUAUAAUAUAAUAUAAUAUAAUAUAAUAUAAUAUAAUAUACACUCAAGUAGGAGAAAUAAAGGCAAUUUAAUCGUAACUUGGAUGUAAAGUGAAUUGUCACUAUAGCAAAAAAAAGCUGUAUCUAUGUGUGUGUGUGAUAAAUAAUUAUUAAACAUUACUGCUACUGCAAAACUGUA